CUCUCUUACAGGUGACACGUGUACCAUGGCCGGCUAUGCCCGCCUGAAGAAUGUCCUGCUGGCACUCCAGACCCACCUGCGGCCACUCCAAGAAGAGAAUAGCAGACAUGAUCCUGCUUCCCAGAAGCGCCUCCUGGUGGAAUCUCUGUUUAAGGACUUGGAUGCAGACGGCAAUGGCUACCUCAGUAGCUCUGAAAUGGCCCAGCACAUGCUGAAGGAGCAGGACCUGGAUGAAGACUUACUCGGCUGUUCGCCAAGCGACCUCCUUCGAUUUGACGACUACAACAGUGACAGCACCCUGACCCUCCGCGAGUUCUACACGGCCUUCCAGGUGGUCCAGCUUAACCUCGCCCCUGAGGACAGGGUCAGUGUGACCACUGUGACCGUGGGGCUGAGCACAGUGCUGACCUGUGCUGUCCGUGGAGACUUGAGGCCACCAAUCGUCUGGAAGCGCAACGGGCUCAUCCUGAACUUCCUGGACUUGGAAGACAUCAACGACUUCGGAGAGGAUGACUCACUGUACAUCACCAAGGUGACCACCAUCCACAUGGGCAAUUACACCUGCCAUGCCACCGGCCAUGAGGAGCUGUUCCAGACCCACGUCCUGCAGGUGAAUGUGCCACCUGUCAUCCGCGUCUAUCCAGAGACCCAGGCACAGGAACCUGGGGUGGCGGCCAGCCUGAGAUGCCAUGCAGAGGGUAUCCCCAUGCCCAGAAUCACUUGGCUGAAAAACGGCAUGGAUGUCUCAACCCAGAUGUCCAAACAGCUCUCUCUGUUAGCCAAUGGGAGUGAACUCCACAUCGGCAGUGUUCGGUAUGAAGACACCGGGGCAUACACCUGCAUUGCCAAAAAUGAAGUGGGAGUGGAUGAAGAUAUCUCCUCACUCUUCAUUGAAGACUCGGCUAGAAAGACCCUUGCAAACAUCCUAUGGCGAGAGGAAGGCCUCAGCGUGGGAAACAUGUUCUACGUCUUCUCUGACGAUGGCAUCGUCGUCAUCCACCCCGUGGACUGUGAGAUCCAAAGGCACCUCAAACCCACGGAGAAGAUUUUCAUGAGCUAUGAAGAAAUCUGUCCUCAAAGAGAAGAAAAUGCAACCCAGCCAUGCCAGUGGGCAUCCGCCGUCAACGUCAGGAACCGGUACAUCUAUGUGGCCCAGCCAGCACUGAACAGAGUCCUUGUGGUCGACAUUCAAGCCCAGAAAGUCCUACAGUCCAUAGGUGUGGACCCUCUGCCGGCCAAGCUGUUCUAUGAUAAGUCACAUGACCAAGUGUGGGUCCUGAGUUGGGGGGAUGUGCACAAGUCCCAGCCAAGCCUCCAGGUGAUCACAGAAGCCAGUGCUGGCCAGGGCCAGCACCUCAUCCGCACACCCUUUGCGGGAGUGGACGAUUUCUUCAUUCCCCCAACAAACCUCAUCAUCAACCACAUCAGGUUCGGCUUCAUCUUCAACAGGUCUGAGCCCGCAGUCCACAAAGUGGAUCUGGAAACCCUGACACUCCUCAAGAACAUCAGCCUGCAGCACCACGGCUGUGUGCCCCAGGCCAUGGCGCACACCCACCUGGGCGGCUACUUGUUCAUCCAGUGCCAACCAGACAGCACUGCCUCUGCCACCCGCCAGCUGCUUGUGGACAGCGUCACAGACUCCGUGAUGGGCCCCAACGGUGACGUGACAGGCACCCCACACACAUCCCCCGAUGGGCGCUUCGUGGUCAGCGCUGCUGCUGACAGCCCCUGGCUGCAUGUGCAGGAGAUCACAGUGAGAGGGGAGAUCCGGAGCCUGUAUGACGUGAACAUAAACCCAGGCAUCUCAGACUUGGCCUUCCAGCGCUCCUUCACCCAAGGCAAUCGGUAUGACAUCUAUGCUACUCUGGACAUGGAGCCAGACCUGCUGUUCCUGGAGCUGUCCACGGGGAAGACAGGCAUGCUGAAGAACUUGAAGGAGCCGCCCACGGGGCCAGCCCAGCCCUGGGGAGCACCCUGCAGGAUCAUGAGGGACAGUGGGCUGUUUGGACAGUACCUCCUCACGCUGGCCCAAGAUUCACUCUUUAUCAUCAACGGGAGGCAAAACACACUGCGGUGUGAGGUGUCGGGCAUAAAGGGAGGCACCACAGUGGCGUGGGUGGGCGAGGUAUGAAGAGCCCAGAGCACAGCCCCUGGGCCAGGGAGCACCACGAGUCCUGACACCGCAGCCCCAAGCAGGCGCACUGUACAUUUUUACAGACAAAAGCAAAAACCUGUAUUCGCUUUGUGGUUCAACACUGGUCUCCUUGCAAGUUUCCUAGUAUAAGGUAUGCGCUGCUACCAAGAUCGGGGUUUUUUCGUUAGGAGGUAUGAUUUAUGCUACAACGAGAACACCUGCUGCUGUGUAAAGGAUCAUUUCUGUGCCGAGCUGCACACCACGUUACCUGGGGAUGCCGAGGAACCAAAAGAUUCUGCUUUCCAGGCUGACACUUGUGUCAGUUGCCUUCACCUAGUCAUUGUUGCUCAACUGCCAGACCGCACCCCAGUGGAGUGGCCUGGAAGCAGGGGCUGCCCGGGAGCAGGGGUUCUCCCUCCAGGAGCGAAAGCCCGCCUGCCCUUGCUCAGGCCGCGUUUUCUCCUUCACUGCUGCUUCUUGCUUUUCUUUCCAUUUGACUCGUAAGCCUGAGAGAGAGCCAACAAGACUUACUGCAUCUGGGGGGAUGGGAAAAAUCACUCACUUUAUUUUGGAAAUUUUUGAUUAAAAAAUAAUUUUUUAUAAUCUCAAA